AUGAAUAUGAUGGCCAUGGACAAUCAGCCAUUCUCAAUCGCUGAAGACCAAGGCUUCAUUGAGUUACUAGCCCAUGUUCAACCAAAGUAUAUGAUACCAAGUCGAAGAUACUUCUCGGAUGUUAUGCUUCCUAAGACCUUCAAGGAGAUAAAAGCCCGCCUCUUAGCUCAACUGGAUGAAAUUCAUGCCCCACAUGUUUCAUUUACGUCUGAUAUUUGGACCAGUCAACAUUCAGUCGAAUCGUUUAUCUCGCUAACAGCGCACUGGGUCGACGAGGAAUUCCAACGUUGCAGCGGUGUUCUCAGCGCACAGCAUUUUCCUGGUUCUCACACUGCGGAAAAUAUUGAUCAAAUGGUCAGUAAGAUGAUGAGAGAGUGGGAGAUUUCUGAGGAGAGGCAGCACAUCCUUGUACGUGACGGGGCAUCUAAUAUGGCUUUGGGACUUCGUUUGGCAAAUGUAGCAAGUGUGCACUGUUUUCUUCAUAUUCUUGAUCUCGUAGUGAAAGAUUCCAUCUUCAGUCAGCGUACUAUUAUCGAUCUUUGUGCAAAGGUCCGUCGUAUUGCUACUCAUUUUAAUCAUUCAAGCCUGGCUCGCAAUGAACUGAAGAAUCUUCAAGCUGAGCAAGGAAUUAAUCUACCAUUAUUCCCAGUCCAAGAUGUUUCAACACGGUGGAACAGCACGUACCUUAUGCUUGAAAGAGCAUUGACUCUAUAGCGACCACUUCAGAUUUACACUGCUAACCACGAUGUCCCAGUUCUUAGCUUAAACGAAUGGAAUCUGUGUGAGAAAAUUCUGCGCAUACUUCAACCUUUCUUUGAGAUUACUAAGCAAGUUAGCUCUGAGAAGUCGACGCUAGGUGACGUUAUACCUCAUGUCGUUGCCCUUGAUCGAUAUUUGUCGAAGCAUGGUCAUGAUAGUGGAGUGCAAACUACUAAAACUGAGAUACGAAACGCCCUCCGACAACGGCUUCUUUCAUGCUUACCCAACAAAUUAAAUGUCAAAGAUGACAAGAAUUAUGUCAUCACAACGGUGGUUGAUCCACGCUACAAAUUAAAGUUCCUGAACAACAAGGAAUCUGCCAAGAAGUGGCUUCUAGAAGAGAUGCAACUUCAAGCAGCAGUUGCGCCAGCUAAUACCAAUACACACGCGGCAGACGAAGACAACAAUACCCAAGAGGCCGCUGGAUUGGCUGGAAAUAAGCCAAUCGAAGGAGAAACGGCUGCGAGACGACGAAGAGAUACAAACGCACCCAAAUCGCUUAAAGAGGAAAUUCAUAUUGAUUUUCUGAAGUGCUAUGACGAAGUCAGUUCUGCAGAAGAAAGUUCUGAUGAUGAAGAAAGUUGCAGAGAAGAAGAAAAUUCUGAAAGAGAUCAAACCUAUGAUCAAACCGAAGUUUCCAGAGUGCGCCGGAAAAAGCCGAAGGGACCAAGUCUUUCUGAGUUGGCAAGUGAAGUAGACAGAUACACUCUGACUCCAACUGUUGAAAGGUGCAAAGACCCUUUAAGUUUCUGGAGAGAAGAGAAAUCAGUUUAUCCAACCAUUGCCAAAGUAGCGCGUCGGUACCUAUCCUGUCCAGCAUCAUCUGUUUAUUCAGAACGCCUCUUCUCCGAAGCUGGUAACGUCUUUGAAGAGCAUCGUGCACGCCUUCUUCCACGAAAUGGUGAACAGUUACUAUUCCUGCACCACAAUCUUCCUCGAUUCCCAAACUGUUAA